GAAAUACUCUUUUUUGUUUUUGUAUUUGUUUUUGUUUUUUUUUGCGAUGUCUGGCCGUGGUAAGCAAGGCGGUAAAGCUCGCGCUAAAGCGAAGUCUCGUUCUUCGCGGGCCGGUCUCCAGUUUCCCGUGGGUCGAGUGCAUCGCCUGCUCCGUAAGGGCAACUACGCUGAGCGGGUCGGGGCUGGCGCGCCGGUGUACCUUGCAGCGGUGUUGGAGUACUUGACGGCAGAGAUACUGGAGUUGGCCGGUAAUGCGGCGCGCGACAACAAGAAGACUCGCAUCAUCCCACGCCACCUGCAGCUGGCCAUCCGCAACGAUGAGGAGCUUAACAAACUGCUGGGCCGCGUGACCAUCGCUCAGGGCGGGGUCUUGCCGAACAUCCAGGCGGUGCUGUUGCCUAAGAAGACCGAGAGCCACCACAAGGCCAAGGGCAAGUGAUUUGACAGGGAUUUGAGUUUCCGGAAGUGCUUUCAAACCCAAAGGCUCUUUUCAGAGCCCCCCACUAUUUCAAAGGAAGAGCUAACACCACUUGGAAUAUUUAAAAAAAGGAAGGUGGUCAGUGUUGAAAUACGUGGAGACUCUGCCACCGCUGCACUCCGCGGAUGCCCCAGUGGGACCCAGUCACGCCGGAACUACAGGCUCAGCUCGGGUUUCCGGUGCCGGCAUCUGUGUUAUGGAGCCGCAGAACGGUCCUCUGGCUCCAUCAGUAAGAACCACGCCGCUCGGAUCUCACCUGUGACUCAGAAGCUGUGCCUCAGAAUCAGACAAAUAUUCCUUGUUAUCCAAAUUUACUGCUAUCUAAACUAGAGUUGGAUUGGGAGGAAUGUGGUUCCUACCUCACUUCGUUAGAUUAUAAUGCUCACUCAAGCACUAACUUAUUUAAUCUUCAUAAUGUCAUGAGGUAGGUGCUAUUAUUGUCCCAUUUUGUAGAUUGGGAGACCAAGGCACAGAGAGAUUACCUAACUUGCCCAGGUCAUGUACCUGGUAAAAAGGACGGAUGGGGGAAGUGUGCAGAUGAGAAUAAGACACACACAGGGAAGCAGCUUCAUAGUGUUAUUGGGAAGGCAAAUGAGGUAAUACAGGUAAAAACCUCAGAAGAGCGCCCAGUUCGAAGGGAACCCUCGACAAAUGCUAGUUGCUGUUUGCUGCUAUUAUCAUAACAGUAACUAUCUAAUUACACAAUGCAACCAGUGGUCUAGUAGCCCAAAGAGCUAAAAACUGUCUGUCUCUUUGGAGGCUUUGUUUGCUUUAAUUUGGUUAUUUGUUACACCAAUUUUAUAUUGUUCUCUGGACUUUAGUCUUUAAGAAAUACCCUGGCCUCAUCAACAUGUUCCACCGGGGCCUCCCAUUGGUCAAAUCUACUGGCAGCCAGAGAGCAAGGGAGCCUGGGAAAUGUAGUUUCCAGUGGCAGCGCCUUCGGACAGUAAACAGGCAAAUGAGGGAAACAAUGAGAAAUUCAAACAAAUGUUUCUGAAAAUCUGAUGCCUGAGCAUGAGACCUUGUAUGUGCACUCAACCAGAGGUACACUUCCAUCUUGAAGUGCAGAAAAGAGCAGAAAUAAGGCCCUGCUCCUUUUUUUAAUUUUUAGGUGAGUUAUGAUAUUCUGUGACAGAAAGAAGUGGGUAUACAAUUUUAAGAAAGCAAGAAGGCAUUUGAUUUUAAACAAUUUACUCUUUUUAUUUGUACUCAAUCCAAAUGAAGUGACUGCAACUUUGAAGGCUGGUUGUUUUGAGUUCCGGAACAGUGUGAAAUAAUGAAAAUAAAAACACAGAU